AUUAAAUAGCCCAGCCCAGCCCAUCAACUACCAUGUCCACAGUCCACGUAUAUAAUUAUAUCCAUAGCUACUGUGCUUGUCUAGCCUCUAGGGUUCGUGUACCCGCGCAAUCCGUACAUCUCAUAACUGCAAUUUGUUAUCUUACAAUAUCUGAUCUUUGGUGGAUUAGAGAUGGAGAAAGAAGGGCCGAUAUUCAGAGAUAUCAGGCGAUACUACUGUGAAUAUUGUGGUAUUUGUCGGUCUAAGAAGUCUCUCAUCUCCUCUCAUGUAUUAUCGCACCACCAGGAUAAGGUGAAUGAAAUAAAGGCAGAUGAUAAUGGGGAAAAAGAGGGGUUAAAGUCUAAUUUUUGUGAUGAUUGUGGCCUGAGUUUCCGAAAGCCUGCUCACUUGAAACAACACGUGCAAAGCCAUUCCCUUGAGAGACCAUUUACGUGUCCAAUAGAUGAUUGCAAUUCCAGAUACACGAGGAAGGACCAUUUGAACCGUCACCUUCUGCAACACCAAGGGAAACUUUUUACAUGUCCUUCCACGUACUGCAACCGCAGAUUUUCAAAUCAAGGUAACAUGAAGAGGCAUGUAAAGAAAUUCCACAAAGAUUCUUUGCCUAUUAAAGUUGAUGCUCCAAAAGAACAUAUAUGUCCAGAACCUGGGUGCGGGAAGGUUUUUAAGUAUGCAUCAAAAUUGAAAAAACAUGAAGAUUCACAUGUCAAGUUAGAGUCGACGGAAGCAUAUUGUACUGAUCCUGGAUGUAUGAAAUAUUUUACCAAUGAGCAGUGCUUAAAGGCUCAUAUUCAGUCUUGCCACAGGCACAUUACUUGUGAGUUUUGUGGAACAAAGCAGCUGAAAAAGAACAUCAAGCGGCACCUACUUACACACGAUGUUAAGCCUCCAUCUGAGAGGAUGAAAUGCAGCUUUAAUGAUUGUCUACACACCUUCUCAUCUAAAUCAAACCUCAAUCAACACAUAAAAGCUGUGCAUUUGCAACAACGACCUUUUGUCUGUAGCAUCCAUGGGUGUGGCAUGAGAUUUACGUUUAAACAUGUUAAAGACAAACACGAAAAAUCUGGAUGCCAUCUUUACACUCAAGGUGAUUUUGUAGAAACUGAUGAGCAGUUUCGAUCUCGUCCCAGGGGUGGAAGGAAAAGGGUGUGUCCAAGUAUAGAGACUUUUACAAGAAAGAGAGUAGUUCUGCCAUCAUCUGAAUCAGCUUCCAUUAUAGAUCAAGGACCUGAUUACAACUCAUGGUUGCUUUAAUCAGAGAAUCAUGCACACAACUGAUUUCGUUCAGCUCUUUAGCCAUACAACACAUAAUGGGUCCUAUUGUAGAGUUCUUGAUGGCUUCAUCUGUAGUUUUCUUCUUCUAGGGUUAUAUAGAACCUGUACAUUUAUCUAUUUACCAAUCAAAUCAGUAUAUAGUUUUCAAGUAGUAUAGUAAAAAUGGUUUCUGUAUUAUCACUUUUCUUGUAUAAAUGUAGAAAUGGUUACUACA